AUGCAAACCGCCACGCUGCGUCCGGACGUCCGGAUCGCCGCCGACCCGGUGUCCACGCCGGAAAAGUUUCGCUCCGGCCACUGUCACCUGGAGCUGACGCCCGUCUGGCAGUACGUGAUCAAGAAGAACCGGUUCCCGGCCAACGUCGACCGGCAGGAAGUGUUCGCCGAGCUGGCCGUCCGACUCCAGCAUCCCGAAUGGCAGGUGAGACUUCACGGUUCACGAGUGCUGGCUUACGUUGUACCAGCAGUCGGCCCACAACUGGAUGCGUUGAUGUCCCCGACAAUACUCCCGGCGGUCAUUACGAAUCUUGCACACUUUUCACCGGCCCUCAGAAGUAGCUCUAUGGAUGCGAUAUUGGUUUACGUACAACACUCCGCGGACCCCGAAUACGUUCUCAAGUCCAUGAUCGUACAAGGAUUGGAUGUAUCUGGUGCCAAAUCAAGUCUCACCGUGAAUGUCAUGGAAUGCGUUCCUGUAGUACUUCAGCAAAUCGUUAAGAGAAAUGGGGAACGGCCUAUUGCCAUACCUACGUUUGUGCACCUUGUAACUGCCUUAUCCAACAAGAUGGUACAAGCGACAUUUCAACAAGCCGCGGUUUACUGUUUGGACAGAGUUAAAGAAAUUGUCGGAAGAAAUAAAUUUGAUCACUAUCUUGAAACAUUUCAUCCUAUUAUUAAAAAGGAUUUUGAAGUGUUGUGUGAAGUGUAUAGAAUAUCUUCAUCGUCUGGUCGAGAUUCUUCAACAUCGUCGUAUGACGAUGAAGACGAUGUAGAAAUUCCAAAAACACCUAGAAGAGUAACGUUUGGUGGAGAGCUUAUUAAAAUUCGAAGUCCUGAUGUUUCUGAUGACCCUGCAGAGGUAAUCAAGUCUACUGGUAUUCCAAUUCCAAUCAAGCCUGCAUUAAGCAUACCAAAACACCCCAAAGAUGAAGUGGAAAACAUGGCAAUGAAAUUACCACAUUCACGACAAACCCAAUUUCGAAGCUCCGGUAAUUAUUUGUAUCAAAAACGAGUAAUCAAUCAAGUGAGGCCAAACACCUUACCACCCUUACGACAAUCAAAUUUCAAACAAUUUUCAAGUGCUCGUGUAGGUCCGUUAUUAGGCACACCUUUCAGAAGGAAAUUGGACGAUAGAAUAUCAUUUAAUAAGGGAUUUUUUUCUCCACACGCUAUUCUUUGUACUGGAAGGACCAACGAUUCGUUUGAUGUUAGUAUACAACUUUAA